AUGCAGGACCAUAAGAACGUAAUCGAACACUUCAACGAAAACAUCACGAUGAAAGGAGGGCGCUAUCAAGUCGCUCUCCCCUGGAAGGACACCUCAGCAUACUUGGAAAACAACUAUGAUGUAGCCCACAAAAGACUACAUAGCCUGAUCAGAAGACUGAAGCGGGAUGGCACCGUUACAGAGUACGACGAGGACGACAUCCUUGUGUGGCGUGCGAAGUACCUCCGCUCAAUCCUGAAGUUUCGAGCAGAGGGUAAGGCGAUCUAUUAUCUCGACGAAACGUGGGUCAACGCCGGACACACCAUCAACAAGAUCUGGGUCGACACGACGGUGCGUUCUGCCAGAGACGCAGGAAAUCGCGGCCUCAGCACCGGUCUCAAAAAUCCAUCUGGCAAAGGCAGCAGACUGAUUGUCACUCACGUUGGGGGUGACCAAGGCUUUGUGGAAGGUUGCCUCGACAUUUUUCAUGGAGUGAAGUCGGGCGAUUACCACGACGAGAUGGAUGGCAACAGGUUUGAACAUUGGUUUGACUUGUUCCUGACCAAGGUAGAGCCAGGAAGCGUUAUUGUAAUGGAUAACGCUUCCUACCACUCAAGACGCGUGGAGUGUGUCCCCACGAAAUCUUCAACCAAGAGUGUCAUCCAAGAAUGGCUAAGCUCAAAGGGAAUUGACUGGGACAAAGACAUGCUCAAGGUGGAACUAAUUUCUUUAGUCUCCCAAGUGCGACACAAGUUCCUCAGCUACCGAGUGGACACACGUGCUGAAACUGUUGGGUGCACGGUUCUUAGGCUGCCCCCUUAUCAUUGUGAGCUGAAUCCCAUUGAGCUUAUCUGGGGGCAAGUGAAGAAUGAGGUUGCACGAAGCAACUCGUCUUUCAAACUAAAAGAUGUGAAGGUGCUUCUAGAGCAGGCAAUCAAGAAUGUCACGAAAGACAACUGGACCGCUGCUAUACAGCAUGUUAAGAAGAUGGAAAAGCAGUUCUGGGAGAAUGACAGCCUGUCGGACAGAGAGGUUGCACCAAUCAUCAUCGAAAUCAAUGCCGGAGAUGUCAGCGACGACUCCUAUGAAGAUGAAAGCUGCGAUGAAGUUGUCUCUGGAUCAGGCCAGCCACACAUUCCAGGUGUGGAGCCACUUAAUAUGUAA